AGUCACAUGAGUCGCUUCACCGCAUACAUUUUUAUCCCGCAAUACCUGCUUUUUCCCGCAUAAAAGUGUUAUUUUUAACACUGAAUCUGCACUAAAAUCUGCAGCUAGGCUUCAGUAGCAAAUAUGGACGAGGACGGGCUGCCCAUUGUGGGGUCUGGAGUUGAUCUUACCAAGGUUCCUGCUAUUCAGCAGAGAAGAAUUGUUGCUUAUCUCAAUCAGUUUGUUGUUCACACGGUUCGGUUCCUCAACCGAUUUUCUACAGUUUGUGAAGAGAAACUUGCAAACAUAUCUCUUCGCAUACAGCAGAUUGAAACCACGCUGUGCAUUUUGGAGGCAAAGCUCUCCUCCAUUCCUGGACUGGAUGAUGUCACGGUUGAUGGAGUCGGUCAGCAGCAAACUGCUCAGACGUCUGGGCCCGCCGCUGCCAGUCAGGGCCAGACAGAUGGUGCACCAGCGGGGAGCCUGCCAGUCCCAGAGCCCACUCAGAGCGCACCAGAAGCUGCAGUGACACAGAAAGCAGAAGCAGCUGCAGUGAAUGUCAUGACGGUGGCCAAGGAUCCACGUUAUGCCCGAUACUUGAAAAUGGUUCAAGUGGGGGUUCCAGCUCAGGCUAUAAGGAAUAAAAUGGCCAUGGAAGGCUUAGAUCCCAACCUGCUUGACAAACCAGAUGCCCCCGUGCCUGAUGGAGAAAUAAAUAGUGCAGAGGACCAAGAUGCUGAUGCCAAUAGCUCUGACAGUGAAUCUUCUUUCAGUGAUUGACAUCUCAACUCUGUUCCCAUCACCACAAAGCAUCCUGUUCAGGCCAUCCGAGCUUCUUUACUCCUGUGCUGACAUGGUGAAGCUGGUUGCAGUGUGCCUAUAAGUGAGUAUCAGCGAGAGAGGGUGGAUACAACUCACAGCGGAUGUACUGUAGGUGCCUGAAACAGGAGAAUCUGCUGUGUGUGAUUGUAAUUUCAGCGUUAAUGAGCUGAAAUGUUUCUCCUAUUGGUCAAUCGUGACCCUCUCGAUUUUGAUACGUCAUUAGCAUUUUGAGAAAUGAUUAUUUUUACAGAAAGGCGAGAAAUAAGAUUUCCUGUUGGUGAUCUACGAAUAGCAGAUUGUGACAGUAGCAAGUAGUUUUUCUGUUAAACGUAUCAUUUAUUUUUUCUUUAGGCACCACUAUUAUCACAGUCUAAUGAUUUUAAAGGACCAGUGUGUAGGAUUUAACUCGCAUCUCUCAUUCCCCGUCUAAGUGUGUAGGAGAAACUCACAAAAAGAGUCUCGAGAGCCAGUGUUUGGUUUGUCCAUUCAGGGCUACUGUAGAAACAUUGCAGUGUAACAUGGCGGGUCUUUCAGAAAGAGGACCCACUCUGCAGUGAUUCUUAUUUUGAUGGGAUUAAAAACUAAUUAAAACAUACAUACGAAUAUUAUUCUCCAUUUCUGCAAAGUCUGUUGCACUAGAUGCCACUAAAUUCUACACAUUGGUCCUUUAACAGAUGCACAGAUGCACUCAUCAGUUGUAAGUUUUGUCUGUUUUUGUUACAGGGUCCAGAUAAAAUAGAAAAUAAAUAUAUUUUGAAUAUAGAAUGUGUACAGGGAGAAAUAUAUCACAGUAAGGAAGGAAGGAAUGAAGGAAGUUUGCAUGUUACGUUGAACUGCAAAGUAACUGGAAGUUAAAUUAACAUUAUUCUGCCAUAUUUUGACCUUUUUACAAAAUGCUUGAAAUACCUGUUUCUGUCUGUUUUUAAAGAGCUGCUGUGUGCAAAGACAAUGAUUUCAUGUUCACUUCAAACAAAAGUAAUACAUUGGUGUGUUAAUACAGGACAUAGUAAAUAAGUCGCAGUGGAGGAGCAUCAUGCUUUCCCAGUGUUUUAACUGGUUUACAGCUGCGUAGCAACUUGUAAGUUUCUCAUUAAAGUGAUCACAAUUGAGACAACAAAAUGAUGUGUCAAGAUUUAUCACACAGAUAAAAACUAUGAUUCAGCCAGCAGUGAUAGAUGAUAAUGUUUAUGCAAGGAAUAACAGUGUAUUUUAUAAUUACAUCUUCCACUAAUGGGAUAAAUCAUUGAUAAUCACCACUUGAAAGAAAAAGAUAAACUGCAGGUUUUGUUGUUUCUUCGUUGGUCUACAUGUGAAAUAGUAAAGUAGAGUGUGAAGAAUGCUUAAGCACACAAGGCAUUCUUUGAUAAGAUUUCUAUGAAUGGUUAUCACACUAUAAUGACUGUGAAAAAGUGAUAAGAGUACUGGAAAGCACUUUGUAUACAAAAGCGAGGAGUUUGAGAUCUGUGAUUUUGCCUGUAAUAAACACUCAAACAUUUUGCUUUAAAAAAGUGUAUUUUUUUAUUAUUCAGCUCAGCAUACAACAUAAUGUGAUAAGCAAAACAGCAACGAUACAAAAUAAAUGAUUUUUUUUUUUUUUUUUACGUUUCCCAAGGUUAAUACAGUAUCUGUAGUGACAAAGUUAAUUUUGGGUCAUGUGAUCCCCUUUCUGUCCACUUUACAUUACAGGAUUAUUUUCAGAGGGUUAUCAUAUAAAUGCAGCAUACUGAGAGAGUUCAAUCACCAAUUCUAGACUAUAAACUUGCUCCAAACAUACUGGCCACUGAUGUACCAACAAGCACUUUUCUUAACAAUAGAGAGGAACACAAUGAAAUUCAUUUCACUACCUGAACCAGCCAGGUAGUAUUUCACAGUUUUCCUCAUUCCAAUGCUAUCAAUUAAUCACAAAUUUGAAGAUUCUUACAGUCUAUUGUACUGGCAAUAUGCUUCAACGUUGUGGUUCCCUACCUAGUGGUCAUGACCCUACAAGGGGUCCCUAAAUAAUG